AUGGCGUUUUGGUCCGAAUUUAUCGUCAUCGUUGCUAUCAUUUCAUCUAUCAAAACUGUACUUGGCUCAGGGUUCUGUCCUUCUCGGCUCUCUGUCAAAUGCCUCUCUCGGCUCAUUGUGGAAUGUUCUUGCCCGCCAGAGUGGCAACUGUGGGGGAACGAGUGUUAUCGCAUCACUCCUUUACCGCAUACUAGGGAUGACGCCAAGACAGCUUGCCAAGACAUGGGAAGCAAGAUGGCUGCUCCUCGCUCGCUGGAGGAAAUGAACUUUAUGGUGGAAUUGGCGCAAAAGGUGGACAGUGCAUACUCUGCCUGGAUCGCCUGCAAUGACAAAGAAAUUGAAGGAACUUGGGAGUGUGACGGUCAGGAAGGUCGCAAGCCCUUCUUACUUUGGGAUGAUGGGCAACCAAAUGAUUUAUUCAAUCAAGAUUGUGUGGCAAUAAAGUCGACAAAAAACGGCAAAAUGGAUGACGAAUACUGUUAUCGCUCUCACUUGGCGUUUUGUGUUCGUCGAGCUGCCUGUACUCACGGCCUAUUAAACCAAACUUCGUCACUGAUGCCUCUCUACCGACACACACGGCCGCAGUCUCAACCCAACCUGCCUCCGCGACCGCAACAUCCGGGGGUUCAUCACCGAGAGCGUGGCCGUCCGUGGCUCAACCGACAAGGAGCCCAGAUGUCGCUCUUUCAACAAUAA